AUGCGGCUCUUCCAUCGACAUCGAAACAAGCAGAAGAACCCGCCUCAACCUAUCCAAGAAGACCUGCUUUCACCCUUCGACUCACCAGCACCUUCGCCUCCCAUUCGGAAUUUCUCAUACCCAACCGCGGCCUUACGACCACCGUCGAGACCCUCCAUCUCUUCAUCCGCACAGCUGGGUAUUCACCUACCUCCUGCCGGUUUUGGAGAAGCACGAACAUCCACAACUAGUGGCCUCAUCGAGCCCCCGUUCUACUGGGCGUCAUCGUACAGACCCAUACGGGAGGAAGAAAUCGAACCCUCGACAGAUUCGCAGUCUUUCAUUUCCGAUACUGGUCCAGAGGCAUUUAUCAUUGAAUCCGAAGGACUGCCUCGAAUCGAUAGAAGUGCGCCGCAGAAUCCUGACCGAGAUUCUCUCACUGGAUCUCGAACUACUCAUCCAUCAGCUCAGGCUGUCUUUGAAAGCUCACCUAAGAAGGCGUCUCCUCAGAAGCGCGCUUUUGUUCUUGGUCACAAGUUCGCCAAGUCAGUCGAUCUUGCAUCCACCCACCUACGCCCGCCGAGCCCACUUCGCCCGGCAUCUAGCUCAGGAAUAGCAACAGUCGACACGCGAACUGCCCCUCAUAGGAUAGGACUAGCGAUAGACGAAGAAGAUAACCAUCCAGGAACUUUGCUCGAUCUCUCAGACGACGAGAUGGGUCUCAGACGCAGAAUCUCGGAGAUGGACUUGAGGAUGUCCCCUCCGAAACGCAUGUUCUCCGACCAUUCUCAGACAUCAGAGUACAGCGCUUCUACAGUUAGUGUCAGUGGAAGCCCUACAAAGAAGAGACGAAGUGGUAAGACCAAACCCAAAGACGGCAAGCAUCAUUGGGUGAGCCAGCUCAAAGACUGGUUCAGUACUGGCGAGCCGUCCUCUCAAGACUGGAAACAGCUCAAGAAACAAGAGUACCACAAACAUGGGAUCGCGAUGAAUGACCCAGAUGCCAGCGCAAAGCUGCACGCUCCUAUUGGAGCAAUUCCCGAAGAGGCCAUCAAGCCUUCCAGCGGGCCUGAUCCCGAGACGAUUGCCAAGAAGAAGUUUGCCAAUCGAAAGCAGGUUCGCCAAGCAUAUGGCGGUUGCGAGAGAAUCUCCGGCUCUGUUUCAUCUGAGUCUUCGGCGGGUAGCAGGGAGGUCAACCCUAUUGCCCCAUGGGCAUAG